AUGGCCAUUACAAUUCUACCCCCAGUGGUCGAGGACCUCGAUCCCCGCCCACCCUAUCACGCCGAGUCAGACGACUCAAUGUCGGUAGACUCGGAUGAGGAUGUCGACAUGACCGGCACUAGCUCGCGACCUCACAAGCGACCACGCCUGGGAGGCAAGAUUGGGACGGGGAUUGUCACACCGGGCGAAGUCGUCACAGAUGAUCCACAAUGGAUGCGAGGUCACGGCACAUAUAUCAAUCCCCUCUCAACAUCCAUCGUUGCAACAGUAGCAGGCACAGUCCACAAAACCAACAAGCUCCUUUCCGUCCAUCCCCUGCGCGCCCGCUACACGCCCGAAAUCGGCGAUUUGGUCGUGGGACGCAUCGUGGAGGUCCAGUCGCGACGGUGGAAAGUGGAUGUGGCCGCACCGCUGCUAGCGCAGCUCCCUCUUUCCGCCAUCAAUUUGCCCGGUGGGAUCCUGCGACGUCGAACGAGCGCAGACGAGCUUCAGAUCCGGAGUUUUUUCAGCGAGGGCGAUCUCGUGGUGGCGGAAGUGCAGAGUGUGCAUCAGGACGGGUCGGCCUCGUUACAUACCCGAUCUCUUAAGUACGGCAAACUCCGGAAUGGCGUUUUUCUCGCGGUGGCCGGCACGGGAGGAAGCGGCGCAUCCAGCUCCAACGUCAAAGGCGGAGUUGGGUCUGGGUCUUCUGGGGCAGGCGCCAAUCCUGGAGGCGCGGGAGGUGUGGUACGGUCACGGCGACAAGUAUGGACGGCGGACACGGCCAACGGCGGCGGCGAGGUGGAUAUCAUUCUCGGGGUGAACGGGUACAUUUGGAUCUCAAAGCAUACCGACGGGGCGGCGGCUGCGUCAUCGACUACGGAGAAUGUCUCGAUUACGCGCAUGGAGGAGAUGGUGUCCAGCUCGAUCUACUCCAGCCAAAACGACGAGAUUGCACCGCAGACUCGACGGGAAAUCGCGCGGUUGGCGCAGUGCAUCCAGGUGCUGGUGCAGGGCGGGGUGCGCGUGGACGAGGACACAGUCACGGGCGCCUACGAGGCUAGUCUGCAGGUGGAUCUUGAAGUUGGGGAUGAUGAGGACGAGGAUGAUCGCCAAGAAGGCCGUGAGUACCUGGAAGGGAGCAAGGCGCGGCGGAUUCUCGAACUGGAGAUGCAGCGGCGUUAG